CGAGACUUACCACGGGAAACACAGUUUGUUGUGAAGGAGAUCAAUGUGAAAGGACUCUCAGACAAGGACAGGAGAGAAGCAUUGAAGGAGGUUGAAGUUUUGAAGAAGCUGCGGCAUCCGAACAUCAUCAGUAUGCAUGAGGCGUUCAUUGAGGGAGGGAACCUCAACAUCCUGAUGGAAUACGCGGAUGCGGGAGAUUUAGCACAGCUGCUGCACAAUGCGAGAGGAAGGCCCUUCAAGGAGGAGCGCGUCCUGGACUUGUUCGUUCAGAUUUGUCUUGGUAUGCAUCAUGUGCACUCUCAGAACAUCUUGCAUCGAGAUCUCAAGACUGCAAACAUUCUCCUGACCAGGCAAGGAAUCAUCAAACUUGCAGACUUUGGUAUCGCAAGAGUGAUGAGCUCGGAGACGGACAUGGCCAAGACCAUGAUCGGCACCCCCUACUAUCUCUCCCCUGAGAUAUGUGAAGAUCGCCCUUACAACCACAAGAGCGACAUCUGGUCCCUGGGCUGCGUCCUGUACGAGCUGCUGACACUCCGACACGCCUUCGAGGCGAAAUCUCUCUCUGCUCUGAUCCUUAAGAUCAUCCGCGGGAAAUUCUCUCCUGUCUCGAGCUCCUACAGCAGGGAAGUGCGUUCAUUGGUCGAUUCCAUGCUUCAAAACAGCCCUGCUGCUCGGCCGAGCAUAGCCAGCAUCCUCACUCUCAGCUUCCUCAAA